AUGUCGGUUGUGGGUUCCCUUAUAUUCUGUGUUGACUGUGGAAAUUUGCUAGACUCUGUGAGCGCAGCACCCACGCUAGACUGCAAAGUGUGCAAAAGAUCCUACCCAACAAAGAAGUUUGCAAAUUUGAAAGUCGUCACAAAGUCUUCGGAAGAUGCUUUCCCAUCUUCGCUUAGAAUGAAGAGAUCUGUUGUCAAGACAUCGUUGAAUAAUGACGAGUUAGAUGAAGGUGCAACGAUCAAAGAGAAGUGUGUGAAGUGUGGCCACGAAGAAAUGCAAUACCACACGUUACAGUUGCGUUCUGCCGAUGAAGGUGCCACUGUUUUCUACACUUGUACCAACUGUGGGUACCGUUUCAGAACCAACAAUUAA